AUGGACAUCUCUGAGUGCACAGUGAGGCCAUGUCUGAAGAAGCAGUUAGAGUGGGUUUUAGCCCCCACCCUUCCUGAUCCCUGCAAAGCAGGAUACCUGCAGGGAGGCAAAGUGGAGAAGCUAGUAGACCACUUAGUGCCUGCCCUGCUCUUCGGAGAUGCUGUGUUUGUCCCAGUGUUUCUGGGGACAUACCGCACUUUCACGACUGCCCAUCACGUGUUGAACCUGCUGUUCAACAGAUACAGUCAUUUCCUUGAAUAUGAGGAGGAGAAGGCAGGCGCGCAGGAGCACCUGCAGCGAGCCUUCUCCUUCAUACUGGGCUCCUGGAUGAGGGAGUACCCAGAAGACUUCACUGGAGCACCGGACACGUCCUGCCUGCAACACCUGGUAACAUAUCUACACCUCAAUAUGCCUGGCUCUGUUGAGGAACAGCAGGCCCGCCUUCUGCUCAGCCAGCUGGAGCACAUGCUUCUCAAGAAGCCAGAGCUGGAGGAAACUGUUCAAAAGACUCAUCCCUUACCACCUUUUGAGUUACGUGUAUGUACAAGCUGACCAGGAGGAGUGUCUGGAGCGCCUGGCACCCACUCUGCUUCCCAUACUGGAGCACUGUGAGCAGGUCUCCAGUUGUGUGAUCACCACGUGCCUCGGGGACCACAGCAUGGAGGCAGCAGAGAGAGCCCAAGUGGUGCAGCACUGGAUAGAGGUGGCUCUGGUAUGAGCAGGAGGGGCCCAGGGACCCUUCUUCCCUUUCCCACUCCCACCAAGUGGCUGCCUGCUCACUCACAGCCACUGCCUAGCC